UCAGAACUCAAUAUUUGGUUUACAGACAUAAGUGUCCAGCAAUGCAAUGACACGUGCGAAGGUAUUUCACCUACCAUAUAUAGCAUUUGCCUUAAAGAUGCAGAAUUAUUACGAUUGUCAAGCAAUCUAACUGUUGAAGAAAUACGUCAGCUUGCGAUUUAUCUUGGUAUAUCAAAUGCAAAAUUAGAUGAGAUAGGGCAAGAUUUUUCAAGAAAUUCAUCAAUGGUCAAGUUUGCCAGUUUACGAACAUGCAGCGAUAACAACAAAUUGUGUGGUGAUUUUAUAAAAGCCAUGGAAACAGCUGGACUAAACAAACAUACUAUGUGCAUGAUACUUCGGCAAGAAAUAUCGUCAACAGAUUUACCUGAUAAUAUUUUGAAUCUACCUCCUAGUGAUGAGAUGCUAGACAAAUUGGCUUUGCGCAUUGGUAAGAAGUGGAUGGAACUAGGUCUAGAACUUGGACUUGAUAUAGAACAACUCGAAUAUAUCGAAUAUGACAGCCCAAACGUUCUUCGAGAUAUUAGUAAAAGCAUGUUAUACCAAUGGAAAGAAAGAGAAAUUGGCAAUACCAUUAGAGAUCUCCAGAACGCCUUUACUAGAAUUGGAAAGAAAGGAAACCUUAUCCGAGAGACAUUGGAGAAUUGUGAGAGUUUUCCAAAUAUAAAACCAGACCAUUGACCUUAAAUUCAGUACACAAGAAAGAAGUAGCAGAAAACACAUUCUUAAUAACAUCAAACUAAA